AUGCUGUCAUCAACCUUGCGAGCGAUCGGUGAGAACCUCAACCUCGUCCCAUCGCGCUCAAGCAUUUUCCGUCGCUCGCUCGCGUCGCGUCGCGCCCCCGCGCCGCCGCGCGCGUCCUCGUACCGCACGCCGAGCGACGUCUGCCGUGUUGAGACGGAAGUAAAGAAGUCGCGCUUCGUCGCGCUCGCCGCGCCGUGUGCGAGCGCGGACGACGCGUUGCGGUUCGUUAAGGAGCGAAGUGACCUCAGCGCUAGUCAUAAUUGUUGGGCUUUCCGCUACGGGGAGGCGCAGUACAGAUUUAGCGACGAUGGUGAGCCAGGCGGGACAGCCGGACAGCCCAUUCUGAACGCCGUGACGGCGAGCGGUCUGGACCAUUGUGUCGUGUUAGUGACGCGAUAUUACGGUGGCACGCAAUUGGGCACGGGAGGCCUGAUACGUGCGUAUGGAGGUGCCGCGCAAUCAGCUCUGGAGUUGGCGGCAAAGGAAGCGACCGAGGUGCGAGCGAAAGUCGACGCCGUCGUCAACGCCGCGCCGGGGGAUUUGGGGAAAAUAUUUCUAGCCUUGGACGAAUUCGCGGCGGAGAAGAUCGACGAAGAGUACUCCGAUGAUGGUUCUGUGCACAUACAGAUCGAGUGCGAGGAAGAAGUCGCGGAGACGUUGAAGGAGCGGCUCGCCAACGCCACGAGUGGGCGGGCCUCGUUCAAGUUUUGGGCUCGAUGA